GGGAGGAACACGUGACCCAGAAACCCGUACAGCUCGAUGGCAGAAAAGCUCCAGAUGGAGCAUGCGCUAACUGCUCCACGCAUGCUUCGUCGCUUCGGAAACCUAGGAAAUCUUUCUCAGAGGCCUUGGAAAUUCGGACUGUUGGGGGGGGGUAGCAGCGUGGGCAUGGGGACCAGGACUUGGGGAGAAGGGAGAGAGGGCGGCGGCCAGACACGCUGGGCCCUGGUGUUGCUUUGGCUGGCGGUGGCCGCUGAUUUGCCCUCGGCUUGGGGUAGCAGCGGUCCCCGGCUGCAGCAGUGGCCAGUUCCCUACAGGCGUUUUGAAUUCCGUCCUACACCAGAUCCUUAUUGUCAAGCUCAAUAUACUUUCUGCCCAACUGGUUGUCCUAUCCCAGUUAUGAAGGAUGAUGAUGUCCUAGAAGUCUUUCGAUUACAAGCCCCAGUAUGGGAAUUUAAAUAUGGUGAUCUCCUGGGACAUUUGAAUAUUAUGCAUGAUGCUAUUGGAUUCAGAAAUACUAUGACAGGCAAGAACUACACCAUGGAAUGGUAUGAACUUUUCCAACUUGGAAACUGCACAUUUCCCCAUCUCCGACCUGAAAUGAAUGCACCAUUCUGGUGUAAUCAGGGAGCUGCCUGUUUUUUUGAAGGUAUUGAUGAUAUUCACUGGAAAGAAAAUGGGACCUUGGUUCUGAUAGCAACUAUAUCAGGAAAAAUAUUUAACCAAAUGGCAAAUUGGGUGAAACGGGAUAAUGAAACAGGUAUUUAUUAUGAGACAUGGACUGUCCGAGCUAGUCCAGAAAAAGAGUCAACAACAUGGUUUGAAUCUUAUGACUGCUCCAAAUUUGUAUUAAGAACAUAUGAGAAAUUGGCAGAACUUGGGGCCAAGUUUAAGAAGAUAGAAACCAACUAUACCAGAAUAUUUCUCUACAGUGGUGAACCUACAUUUGUGGGAAAUGAAACCUCUAUUUUUGGACCUGCAGGAAACAAGACUCUUGCUACAGCUAUAAAGAGAUUUUAUUACCCAUUUAGACCUCAUUUGUCAGUUAAAGAAUUUUUGUUAAGUCUUGUGCAAAUUUUUGAUGCAGUGCUUAUCCACAGGCAGUUUUAUUUGUUUUAUAAUUUUGAAUAUUGGUUUUUACCUAUGAAGUCCCCCUUUAUAAAGAUAACAUAUGAAGAAAUUCCUUUACCAAACAAAACACUGGUUUCUAAAACAUUGGGACUUUGAGGAAGGAAAUGUCAGUAUAUCUUUUUGGGAAGUGAUUCAGAGAGUGAUUUGGUCCCAUUAUGGAUCAUCUAGGCCUAUCCCUCUUUCAUUGGUUUUUAAGAAUUAAGGAGGUGAAACUCAAAUCAACAAAUCAUUUUGCCUCUUAGUCUCUCUUGGGAACUGGGUGGGGAGAGGUUAAUACAGUAUUGUACUGGCAAAAGUUAGCCCCCUGGAUUAUCUGGAUUUCAAGGCUACAAUUAACAGGGAAGAAGAAUCAUAGUACAUAGGGCUAAUAUUAAACAGACUAUGUUAUGGUGCAUUGUACACAGUAGGUGCUUAAUAAAUAUCUGAGUUGAAUUACAUAUAACUACAGUA